AUGGGGGCCGAGUUUGCUAAGCUGGCGUAUGCUUAUGCUCUCAGGUUCACCAAGUCCGAUUUUAAUGAUAUGCGAAUCAACUUGGUGAUAUCAGCUGUAUUUACAACUUGGAUUCUUAUCAAGCGUAGUGCGGAAUGGAAACCUUUGCAGUUUUUAGCUUUUGUAUUUGUAUAUCGGAUUUUCGAGAAGUUAAAAGCAUUCGAACCACCUGUAUCUCCCACAUUUACGGAAGAUGGUGAGGAUGAAGGGCGAAUGUUGCGAAUGGGAAAACGACUGCUUCGUGCCCUUUCACUGGUUUUUGGUUGUAUAGCUGUUGCAUCCUUGGGAUAUACUGGUCUCCUAAAUUUGAUUGAAUUGGCGGGUGGCUAUAUACCUUCUUUCUUGUACAAUAACCAGGAACUUCUUGUUACUGCUUCAACUGCCAUCAUGCUUUACAUUAUGGCAUCAUAUUACAGAUAG